UAACCUCAAUACGGAUAUGAGGUCCGAGUGUCAGUGCGGGUCAAACCCUUUCAAACAAAACUGCAAAAACUUAGUCGAGGAAAGAUGACUGAGUCACACAACAACUGCCUCCAAAGGAUUUACUAAUUUUCAUUUGUUGAUAGAGGCUCUAGAGAAACAAACUUAAAAAAGAACAAGUUUAACUCUUCUGGCAUCGAGGAGGGGAGGGGAAAAUUGUAUAACUUAAAAAAACUUGUGGGGGUGUGGAAAUUGUUAUACUUUUUUAACAAGACGUCAGGCGGAAAGGCGGAAAAAAUUGAAGGGGGGAAAAUUCUAUUUACUUUCUUUAAGUGGUCCUGACAUCUGUAGACUAUCUGCUGAGCAAGUCGCAGAGAGCAAGGGAAAAAAGGAGAGACAACGUUUUUUUAACAUUUCAUUUGGAUAGGAGGGAUGGACACAGGGUAUUUGGUAGAAAAACAAUUUGCUCCUACUUCUCUAAGCAGGAUGGACUCCUUAGAUGGCAGUCAAAACAGGAAGAAUUUUACCGUCAGCCACCUCCUGGACCUGGAAGAGGUGUCCGGAAUGAACGGCGUGAAAGAGCCAGGCAGAUCGAUCAGAGAAGCCGGGAAAGGGCUUCAGGAGCAGUCCGGAGUAAGCAGUGGAAGUGAGGCAGCAUUGCAGGACACAGACAGCCUGAGCCCCGGCCAGGGCCUGUUGAAGCGGAAGAAGAAGCAGCGCCGGAGCCGGACGACGUUCAACAGCAGCCAGCUGCAGGCGCUGGAGCGGGUCUUCGAGCGCACGCACUACCCCGACGCCUUCGUCCGCGAGGAGCUGGCGCGCAGGGUCAACCUCAGCGAGGCCCGGGUGCAGGUCUGGUUCCAGAACCGACGAGCGAAGUUCAGACGGAAUGAGAGGGCAGUUCUUGCCAGUCGCUCUGCCAAUCUUCUAAAGUCCUACAACCAAGAAGUAGUGAUAGAACAGCCCGUCGCCCCUCGGCCAGCCCCCCUCAGCUCAGAGUAUCUCUCUUGGUCCUCAGCCACACCCUAUAGUGCAGUGCCCAACUAUAGUUCAUCCAGCACACCCACUGCAGGGCAGGGAGUCACCAUGGCCAACAGUAUUGCCAGCCUGCGAUUAAAGGCCAAGGAGUACAGUCUGCACCAGAACCAAGUGCCCACAGCAAACUGAACUUACAGCUUUUCAGCCACAGACCCACGAACAGACUGACAAAUUACCAGGAAAACCACACUUACUGACCCAGGAUCUGUGACUGCGUCUUUGAGUACAAGUCUGUUGAAAACCCAUGAGCACUGAUCUGAACCAGACUUUGUACAGUGCUGAUGUUGAAUGCAACACGGUUGCUUUGUUGUCUAAAAGAAGCCAUAUAUUAGUAUUGGAGAUGUACAGGACUUCUAUUUUUAUAUCAUUUGUGAAAGGCUUUGUGUUGUGAAAGGCUUUCAUGAGUUAUGGUCUUUUUUUCGGUAAACAUGGUAAAAUACCAAUACCCUCUCA